ACCUUCUCCCAUGUUGCACUAACUAGGAGAGAAGAAAAUUUAUUAGUACCACCUCGCUUACCAAGCUAGUAUCCCCUCCCCUCCCAUGGCGCUCUCCACUCUCCUCCUCCCCUCCUCCUCCUCUUCCUCCUCCAAGACGGCCACUGCCACCGACACCUCCGACCGCCGCCGCCACCACCACCACCACAACCACACCAAGCGCAAGAAGAAGCCGCCGCCGCCGCCGCUCUCACCGACGCCGAGAACGCCGCCGCCUGCAGGGAGUGGAAGCCACCGCGCCAUGGCCGCGUCGUCCAAGAAGAGCACCAAGCAGGUCGUCGUCGCGGCCAAGACGACGACCGGCCACCGCCCCAAGAAGGCGGCGGCGGCGCCGACGACGCCGUCUCGUGGUGCGCCGUCGGCGUCGGCCGCGCCGGUGUCGUCGUCGUGGGAGCAGCUGAAGAGCCUGCUGAGCUGCCGGAGCGCGACGGCGGCGGCGCGCGUGCACGACCCCGCCGCGCCGUCGUCCGCGUUGUCGCGGCUCCGCAGCCACGGCGCCGGCGCGUGCGGCGCGUCGCUCUGCGCCAUCCGCGACGUGGUCGACGCCGCCAGCUCCGCCUCCGCGGCGUCCACCGCCGCCGCGUCCCUCGACCGCGACACCACCCCGCUCACCCGCUCCUCCCGCCGCGCCCACCGCGCCGCCACCUCCUCCUCCGGCGGCGGCGGCGGCCACCACGCCUCCCUCCGUGGCCUCUCCGGUUGCUACGAGUGCCGCGCCAUCAACGUCGAGCCCAUGUCAAGGAGGUAUCCGAGGCCACGGGAGCUGUGCGCAUGCUCGCAGUGUGGGGAGGUGUUCAACAAGGCCGACAGCUUGGAGCACCACCAAGCCAUUCGCCAUGCUGUGUCGGAGCUGGGGCCGGAGGACUCGGGGCGAAACAUCGUGGAGAUAAUCUUCAAGUCGAGCUGGCAGAAGCGCGACCGUCCGAUCUGCCAGAUCGACCGCAUCCUCAAGGUGCACAACGCGGCGCGCACCGUGGCGCGCUUCGAGGCCUACCGCGACGCCGUCCGCACCCGCUGCCGCGCCACCGCCGCCCGCGCCGCCGCCGACGGCAACGAGCUCCUCCGCUUCCACCCCGCCGCCCUCGCCUGCCCGCUCGGCCUCAACGGCGCCACCUCGCUCUGCGACGACGACGACGCCUGCGGCGUGUGCGCGGCGAUCCGGCACGGGUUCGCGCCGUGGGCGGGCGCGCACCCGCUCGGCGUGCGCACCACGGCGAGCAGCGGCCGCGCGCACGACUGCGGCGCGGCGGCGGCGGCGGCGCAGCAGGCGGGCGGGUGCCGGGCAAUGCUGGUGUGCCGCGUAAUCGCCGGCCGUGUCCGCCGGAACGACGACGAUGGCGGUGCGGAGGAGGAGGAGGGAGCGUUCGACUCGGUGGCCGGCGACGAGGCGGCGAGCAGCGUGUACGGCAACCUGGAGGAGCUGUUCGUGGCGAACCCAAGGGCCAUACUGCCGUGCUUCGUCGUCAUCUACCGUGUUGUCCCCGAGUGAAGCAGCAAACAACACUCAAAAUCAAUUAAUUGUAUCAACCUUUUGUAUUAGCAUAAUCGUCCAGCAAUUUCAACAUCAUAUAAAUGUAUAAAUUAAAUGCAUUUUGAGGGAGAGAUGAACUUAAUUUUUGUCUAGUUGCUGUUCCAGUGUAGUAUCUGUUUGUAUUGUAGUGUUGUAUAUAUGGACAAAUAAUUAAGCCACUUGAUUAGACAAAUCUUCGAUCUA